AUUACGAUCUCAGUCGCAUCUUCAAGAUCCAAUUAUCUACUCUUCCUGGGUACUGAAUAUCAUAGUCAAUCAUAGUCAUAGUCAACGACAAAGAGUGACUCGUGCUGUGGUAUCGGUAGUCUAGGUAUCUCUCAUAUGGCAUAGACAUAGGUCUAUCUCAAGUCGCCAUCAUGAGGUCCCUCACUGACAUGGAAAUUCCGUCCUUCUGGCGCCAAACCUGGGCCUUAACGAAGAAGAACAUCAUCAUAGCCGUUUAUCGAAAAUGGUUCUCGACUAUCCUGCGAUCUCUCGUCUUCCCCCUGAUUCUUCAGGUACUCUUACUCGAAAUCCAAAACUUCGUCAAAGACGAUAACAGAUAUGGAGUUGGCGACCCUCACCCUAUCCCCACUCUCGCCGACAGCAUGGCGGCGAGCUCGAAACCUCUCGUCUUGGUUCAGGGGCCUGGCCUUGGAUCCGACUUUCAGUCUACUCUCGACAAGAUCACCAGUCCUCUCGAUUCGAAUAAGUUAAUUCAUCUCACCGACCCGAACGACAUCGACAUGACUUGCCCGGUUGACUACCACGGAAACUCUCCUUGCUUUGCCGUUGUCGUCUUCAACGACUCUCCUUUCAGUGGGCGUGAAAACGCAGCAUGGAACUACACCAUCAGGACGGAUCCAGCUCUCGACUCCGUGGCUUUCAACGUAUUUGACAGCAAGAGUUCUACGGAUCAAGUUUACUUACCUCUUCAAUCUGCCGUCGAGAACGCGAUGCUUAACUUGACAGUCAGCCCGGCGUUCUUGCCGUACACGUACGUGACACAGGAGCAGAAAGAUGAGUACUCGAGGAAGACUUACAUCGCCCUAUCGUUGUAUCUCCUAUCCUUCAUCUACUAUGUGACAUACAUUCCGGUUUGCCAGCACCUUACUAGCAUGAUCGCUUCUGAGCGUGAAACUGGUAUGUCGGCUCUGAUUGACGCUAUGGGCGGUGGAGUCGCCGGGCCGAGAGUUCUCAGUUAUGUGCUCUUCUUUUACGUCCUGUACUUGCCACUCUGGAUUAUUAUGGGAGUCCUGUACUGGUACCUCCUUUUCCCUGGCCAGAGUGUAGCCGUUACGAUUUGGUGGCAGAUCUUAACUGGUUGGGCGACGAUUAGUACUACAGCGUACAACACAGCGUAUUUCAAGCAUUCGAACGUCGCCAGUCUUUACAAUUCUUUGAUGCCUUGGCUGUUGGCAAUCUUGGCCGCCUUCUCGGAAAACUCCGCGGCAAACCCUCCCCCUCUAGCUCAGGUCGUUUCCUGCUCUCUCUUCUUCCCUAGCAUGAACUUCAUCUACUUCUUCGAUUUCAUCGCUAAGGCCGAAGUUGCUGGAAUUCGAAUCAACUUUAUGGAGGCAAUUCCGAAAGCUCUCUUGGAUACCGGUAACGGAAAGGGAACGAACUGGACCAACAUCGUCGGACCCUACUGGCUCUGGAUUCUCUUGGCUGCUCAGAUCGUCGUGUACACAGGCUGCACCGUUCUUCUCGAGCGCUUCAAGCAUGGCAACAACCGCAAGCGCCGCACAUUUAGCACGGAUCAAGAUGCAGUAGACUCCCACAUCGCUAUCGAGGCCACGGGUUUAGAAAAGCUUUACAAGCCUCACUGGUUCAAGAAGCUCUUCUGCUUUGCCCGCGACCCGAAGACUAAGGCAGUUGAUGGUUUGGAUCUCAUUUCUCAGAAGCAUCAGAUCACCUGUUUGUUGGGACCCAACGGUUCUGGAAAGACUACAACUUUGGACAUGCUUGCUGGAUUCGAAAGGCCAACCGGUGGCUCUGUGAACUUUAACGCAUUGCCUUCGCAAAUCGGUAUUUGCCCGCAACGCAAUGUGUUAUGGGAUGAGUUGACCGUCUACGAACAUCUUCAAAUCUGGAACACUCUUAAGGGAAAAGAUGACGAUUUGGCUGUUCUCGACCAGCUAAUUGAGAAAUGCGAUCUUGCGGCCAAGAAGCACAGUCUUGCGAAGAACCUCAGCGGCGGUAUGAAGCGAAAGCUUCAGCUAGCCUGUAUGUUGAUCGGUGACUCUACUGUCUGCUUGAUGGAUGAAGUUACUUCUGGCCUUGAUCCUCUCUCUCGCCGCUCUAUCUGGAACGUGAUUCUCAGCGAGAGAGCCCGAAGAACAAUGAUCUUAACUACUCAUUUCCUUGAUGAGUGUGAAGUCCUAUCAGACCACAUUGUCAUUGUCACACUUGGAAAGGUAAAAUGCCAAGGAACUCCUACGUUGCUGAAGAACCAAUACGGAGGCGGUUACCGUGUUCAUAUCCCAAAGACGGAAGAUAUCUCCAGAAUCGAAUACCCAGUAAAGGAACACCACGAUAGGUUUAUCUGCCAAACACCAGAUUCAAGGUCCGCUGCGAACGUAUUGUCUUCUCUUAAGAAUGAGAGCGACUCUGAAUUAUACAUCACCGGCCCAACAAUCGAGGAUGUAUUCUUGACUGUCUCGGAGGAACCUCACACUCUUAUCGGUGAGACACUUGAGAUUCUACCCACCGAAUCUGAGCGAAGCAGAGUAAAGGCACCGCAAGGUGAACUGCCUCUGUGGAAAUCAUACUCGCAACAAAUCAACGCUCUCUUCAUCAAGCGAAUUCAGAUCCUGAAGAACAAUUGGUGGGCGUAUUUGUUCUGCCUUGCGAUUCCUCUCGUCGCGACUCAUUUCAUCAACGAUUUCCUAAAGGGUUACCAGACCCCCGACUGCAACAGCUUAAUCUCAUUUAAUUCAUUCGACAGCCGAAUGAGGGUUAGCAACGAGGGUGUCCUCGCAGUUGGUCCUCCAGGUAUCAACAGCACUAUCAUGAAGGUGAUCGAUGAGACGAACCCGUACCACUACGAUGUCGGUAAAGGACCUUUCAUCAUCGAUACUGAGGUGAAUCUUGUGAAAUUCAUUCACUACUACGCCUACAAUAUCUCGAAUGGUGGUGGAAUUUGGCUCAGCAACGACACGGUCCCGCUUAUCGCCCACGAUGCUAUGACCGGUCAGUCAGGCGCCACCAGUCUCCUGAAUCUCGUCAACCAGGUCCGAAGCAAUACCACUAUCGCAGGAUAUACAUCAAAUCUCAAAUCCUAUCACCAGGCCGAAGGUGGUGACAGUGUAUUCUAUGUCACUGUUUUCUGUCUGCUGCAAGCUCUCUACCCGGCUUUCUUCUCCCUAUACCCGACGUACGAGCGACGAUCACAAGUACGAGCUCUCCAAUACUCCAACGGUAUCCGACCAUUCCCUCUGCUAUUUUCGUACUGGAUGUUCGAUUUCAUGUUCGUCCUAGUAAUCAGCGCUGGCUGCACCGCCUUAAUCGCCAACGCAGCUCCCUGGUUCGGAAUCGGCUACGUCUGGUUCAUCCAAGUACUCUACGGACUCGCUGCCAUUCUCUUCGCCUACCUAAUCGCUCUACUAGCUCGGUCGCAACCCGCGGCUUAUGCUUAUAACGUCCUAUUCCAGGGCAUCAUGUACGCGCUCUCGAUCGUCACACUCCUGAUCGUCCAGCGAACAGACGGUGCCAACCAGCGGACCAACGACGGUACCGCCUUUGGUCUCGGCCUCAUUUUCCCGAUCCAGAACCUGAUGCGUGGCAUGGCUAUCAGCCUGAACAUGUACAUCGUGCGAUGCCGCGGGCAAACCAUGGUUACGAACGCAGGUUCAAUCUAUGCGUUCGGUGGCCCGAUUAUGCUUCUCAUAUUACAAAUCAUCGGCUUAUUCUCGCUUCUGCUCUGGAUUGAAGGCGGCAGCUUCGCCUGGGUCAAGAAACCCAAGCCCACACCACCCCCCUCGCGCGCCGGUGACAUCGAGAAGACCCUAGCCGGCGGCCGCGAAGACGUCAACGCCGAAACAGCGCGCGUCACAGCCUCGGAGACCGAUCUCCUACGCGCACUCCACGUAUCCAAGAGCUUCGGACACAAGCCAGCUGUAGAAGACGUAUCUCUCGGACUGAGGGAAGGCGAGAUCUUAGCUCUACUCGGCCCCAACGGCGCAGGAAAGACGACGAUGAUCAACAUGAUCCGCGGAGAUCUCACACCCGACACCGGCAGGAUCUACCUCGAAGGCGUCGACGUGCUGCACCACAAGCGCCUCGCGCAACGCCACCUCGGAGUCUGCCCCCAAUUCGACGCCCUAGACCUUCUCACCGUGCGGGAACACCUAACCUUCUACGCGCGGUGCAAAGGCGUCGAAGACGCCCACCGGGCCGUCAGUUACGUCAUGUCUCGCGUCGGCAUAACCGCGCACGCGCACAAACCCGCAUCCAAGCUCUCCGGAGGCAACAUGCGGAAACUGAGUCUCGCAAUCGCUCUCCUCGGUGAUCCUCCAGUCCUUCUCCUCGACGAGCCCUCGUCCGCAAUGGACGCCGCGUCAAAGCGUGUCCUCUGGCGGACCCUCGAAGCCGUGGCGCCGGGCCGCUCGGUGCUGAUCACGACGCACUCGAUGGAAGAGGCGGAUGCGCUGGCGACGCGGGCGGCGAUUGUGGCGAGGAAAGUGCUGGCGGUGGGGACGACGCAGGCUUUGAGGAAGACGCACUCGAAUGAGUAUCAUGUGCACCUGAUCUUGCGCAGCGCGCCGCUUUCGAGGGUGGAGGAGAUGGGCGCGUUGGAGGAUUGGGCGAGAAGGACUUUCGGGGGCGCGGUGAGGUUUGAGGGGGAGAGUUUGGGGGGACAGGUUAGGUUUAUUGUGCCGACUGAUGUUGCGGUGCCGGGACGGCGGAUGUCGGGUGGUGGGGAGAGUAGUAGUGGGGGGAGUGAGGGGGGGGAGGAGGAGGAUAGGAUUGAGGAGGUUCAUGCUGUGAGCGAUUAUGGCGAUGAGGAGGAGAGUGAGAAGAUGAGGAAGAGUGAGACGGUGGUGCGGGUUUCGUCGAAGCGCGAGCAUGCGACGCAGAAUUUCACGAGGUUCUUGAUUGAGACGCUGGAGAAGCAGAAGGAGGCGUUGGGCGUGGAGAGUUAUUCGAUCUCUGCGGCGACGAUGGAGUCUGUUUUUAUGAAGGUUGUUAAGGAGAGCGAUGCGGUUGAGCAUGAGGAGUUGGUACGGCGGAAGUGGUGGCAGUGGUGAGUGAGGUUGGUGACGUAUUACCUACUUGCUCGAGUAUAUAAAGACCUACUACAUAAGGGUUCGGGGCGAGUUCGCCAGGUAUAUAAGCAUUGCAUUUGGGGGCUUGUAUAUAUGCCCGAAAAAAGGGGGCCAAGGCAGCUGGUCGGGACGCUGUUACUGUUUAUUCCUGUUGUCUUUUAGGGGUCGUUAGUUUUUUCUUUCGUUUUUGAUACCACAUACAUAUGAAGUAGCUAGUUAGGUCUUAUAAUUGAACUCCAUGUUGAGG